CCAAAACCACGCGCCGCACGCGACACCGGCACACCGCGAAGCGAGCCCGACGAAAAAAGAAGAAGACCAGGCCAAGGAGGCGAAGCGAAGCAAGCACCCGACGUCCCAACCAACCGGCCGGGCGGAAUGGUGUUCAGCGCCGCGGUCCUGGCGGCGGCGGCGCGCGCGCCGGCGGAGCUGUGCCAGCGCCCGCCGCGCCCGGGGCGGCGGCGGCUGCGCGCGGACGAGGUCCUGCGCGCGCUCUUCCUGCCGCCCGCGCGGGAGCUCGGGCGCCUGGGGGACUUCCUCUUCGCCUUCUUCUGCCUGCCGCUGCCGGAGUACUACGUGCCCGGGUCCGGCCGCGGCGGCGGGUGGGUGGCGCGGGCGCCGGUGCUGUAUACCUACCGGAGGUCGCUCUCCGUCGCCUCCUCGUCCUCGUCGUCCUUCUCGUCGUCGUCCAUGUCCUCGUCGGAGGAGGAUUGAUUGCCCGCAGGAAUAGGAAAUUGUACAGGUUGCUAAACGCAAUGGAUUUGUAGUUGGUUUGUUCUUUUGCAUAUAAUCGAUUUGGUGCGGUGGAAUUCGAUUAGGUCUGUUCAAUUCCUUUUCUCCCUCUGUAUAUAUAGAUUGUUUUACCCUUUUCGAAAAUAAACAUUCAAUGUCCUUGUGAACUAGGAGUUGAACUGAUAUUAUUCACAUCAACUAGGUCCAUACCUGUUCGUUGCUA